GCUAUGCAAAUAAGAGUUCAAGAGUGCAUUAUCAUUUACUUUUUUUUUUUUUUGCUAGUGCUAAUAAGCAAAUACCUGAAUCAGCCUUCCUAAACUGUCACAAAGUAUUUGCACGAGGUGCCAAGCUGCUGUUGAAAUCUGCUUCAAAGACACUUGCAGUUUAGUUUUGGGUGAGAUGACACCUUGGUACAGGUUCUAAAACAUAACCUUGUACUUUGGGCUGAAUUAUGCUGUGUCCUAAUGCAACUGCACUUUAUAGUCAUGGCUUUCAACAGGGUUAUGGCGGUGUGCCUGUGUGCAGCGUGCUGCUCUGCAAGCUGGAGAAAAGCAUUUCUCAGUGCAUGACUGAGGCACUUCCUAGGCGUUUUUUCAUGUAGAGUAACAUUAUGAAAGGACUCAAUAGAUGAAAUUAUUUAUUAAAAUGAUUGCUUGUGGAGGUGUAUAACUGCCGGUUUUAGAACUGCGGCAGCAAAUAUUUUGUUUCUUGUGUCUUUGCUAAUCUGUGGUUUUACUUAAUGUUAAUGUUUAACUUUAAAAUAAACUGCUAUAUGCUUGAAACAUUGGAUGUAGCUCCUCUCUUACUCUGUCUGAAAAACUUUUGUAUUGGCAUGGCAUAUUGUUUCCCUGCCAUGCUUCUCUCCCUUUUUUUGGUGUGAUGGCUACAACACACAACAAAGAAAACAACUGUUUUCAACACAUAAGAGUGAAAAAGAUGUGGCUUGUGGGGCUGCUAGCCGUGGCAUUGUCAAAUGAGUUAGCUGAAUUUGUAUUUCCUGAUGCUUUGUUCAUAUUCUCGUUCUGUGUCAUAAACCUCAGAGGGAUACAUGAGUAAGUGUUGAGAGAGGCAGGAGGACCUGAACUUGGUACUGACACCAUGUGGAUUGUUGCCAGGAUAUUCUUUAACUCUCAUUCUGUCAGCGAGGGUUCAUGCUUUAGUUCCAAACACUUGAAUUGUUUCAGUACUGCUGACAAAGGAAAGAUGACCUCUCCUGUAGGUCAGCCGCCAUACUAUGAAAAUCAUGGCUUUCAGCCAGAAAACACCUGUUCUGCCAGGCAGCCAGUAGGUGCUAACCUGUAUCCACAGUACUCCUCAACAAGCGCUCCGUCAGUGCCAAGCUACGUCCCAAGAGUUAAUACCCAUCUGCCGAGUAGGCCAGUAGCACAUUCGUCUGGGAUAAUAUGUGCGUCAAGUGUAAAGAAAAUCCUAGUAAUUAUAUUAUCCAUUUUAGUAGUUAUUUGUUGUGCAAUUGCUGCUUUCUUCAUCUGGUAUUAUGUAGACAACCAUUGUCUCGGCUCCUUAACAGAGUGUGGAUCUUCAGGAGCGUGCACGGUGCCCUCGGAGUGGUGUGAUGGAGUGAUCCAAUGCCCCAACGGGGAGGAUGAAACCCGGUGUGUUAGACUUUUUGGACCAAACUUUAUCCUGGAAGUUUAUUCACAUGUCAACAAAUCCUGGUAUCCUGUUUGUCAAGAUGACUGGACUGACAAUUAUGGGAAGAUUGCAUGUAGAGACAUGGGCUACACUGUAGAUACGUAUCACUACAGUGGAGGAGUAGCAACUGAAGGCAGCUUUAAAAGCUACAUGAAGUUGAACACAAGUUCUGGGAAUAUAGACUUGUACAAAAAGCUGUAUAGCAGUGAUUAUUGUGCAUCAGGAAAUGUGGUUUCUCUGCGCUGCAUAGAGUGCGGCCUGUCCACUAGAAGAGCGAACAUGAUGAACAGAAUUGUGGGUGGCAGCGAGGCAAUGCUGGGGCAGUGGCCAUGGCAGGUCAGCCUCCACGUGCAGGGCGCCCACGUCUGCGGGGGCUCCAUCAUCACCCACCAGUGGAUAGUGACAGCAGCACACUGCGUGGAAGGACAAUUUUCUGACCCGCGCAGUUGGAGGGUUUAUGCUGGGAUUCUGAAUCAGAAUGAGAUGCUCUCAAAACAUGCAUACAGAGUGAAACAGAUAAUUUCCCAUCCAGAUUAUGAUACAGAUUCUAAAGACAAUGAUGUUGCCCUUAUGAAGUUAGAGACGCUGCUGAGUUUUACUGAUACUGUCCAGCCAGUUUGUCUGCCUAAUCCAGGAAUGAUGUUCCAGCCUGAUCAGCCAUGCUGGAUAUCUGGGUGGGGAGCAGAGCACCAAGGAGGUAAAACAUCAAAUAGGUUGAAUUGUGCUAAGGUGUCCUUAAUAGAACGCUCUAGGUGUAAUUCUGCCUCUAUCUAUAAUGGUAUGAUUUUUCCUACAAUGAUCUGUGCUGGGUAUCUAGAAGGAGGAACUGAUUCCUGUCAGGGUGACAGUGGAGGUCCGCUAGUAACUCAGAAAAACUCCUUGUGGUGGCUGGUUGGAGAUACCAGCUGGGGAACUGGCUGUGCUAGUCCCAAUAGACCUGGAGUGUAUGGGAAUAUGACUGUGUUUACAGACUGGAUUCAUAAAAAUAUGCAGGCAAACAGAUGACAACACUGUCUGUCCUUCUUGCUGACUGACAUUUCUGAGAAGAAUAAAUGAAGCCAUGGGUGCCUGGGAUAUUUAUUCACUUUGCAAAUGAUUUUUUUUUUUCCUCUUUGAAUUUUCUUUUCAAAAAUAACAUGAAGGAUUGCACACUCGGUUCUGUGCUGGCUACAGUGACUCGUCUUAAUCAAUGAAGCAUUAUCACAAUGAGUACCUUUCUUCUUGUGGUGCCUGGCAGAAAGACGCUCUGUCAACUGCUUGCUGAAAUGUCUCUCUUUAGUUGAGUACCUUUCACCUGAUAAUCAGGUACAGGUUUAUAAUGGCAAUUUUAAUCACAAUUUAAUUUAAGAUUUUUGUAGCAGGAUGCUGAGACAGUUGGUUUAGUGGUGUUUUAAAUUAAAUGUUAAGUAACGUGGACGUUGAAUCUCUGAGCUGCUGGUUGGCAAUUUAAAAAGAAAUAAAUGUCUUUUGGUAUAUAUGAAGGGAAGUUUUCAUGCACUACAGUAGAAGCACAGAAAAAAACCCUGUAUAUUCAGGUAGUUAAAAAUCCUCAGGAUCUCGACACAGCAGUCAUCCAAAUCAGAAAUUAAAAAGUGCUGUUCUGCCUUAAGCUGCUCUGAACCCUAGAAGGGCAAGACCUGCUGUCACUCUUGGCGUAGGCCACAGAGAGGGAUGCUCCGGAGCUGUAGCAGGAAGCAGUGAGUUAAGUGACCCGAUGGUGAGGUCUCUGGCUGCGCAUAUCGAGGUUGACUCUUGAACUCUCCCUGCUGUGAAAGGCAAAGGGCAAAGUUUUUCCGUAAGGCUGUGUCCCUAGUGAUAGACCUCUGAUUGCAGACACACGUACAGAGGCUGGAUGUUUUAUACAAAGAAACGUGACUCUGCAUUUCUGUGUAACCAGAUGAACUACCUCAUUUAUUGCAUUUGGCUUUUAAUUCCUUAGAGCUCUCCUUUAUGUAUCUGCACGUAUGUUUUUAGCAAAAUGUAAUUAAUAUCAGACUGCCACCUCAACUAGGAUUUUGAAAAUAAUUUAUAAUCAUAGUACAGAGGAUCAAAAAGCCAUACGAAGACAAUUUUCUUAAGAAGGAUAGAUCUUUUGAAUGAAGUGACUCUACUAGUCUUUUGGUACUGAAAUGCAAUUAUCUUGCAUGUAAACACUGCACCAAAUAAAUAUUUCUUUUUUAAUAAAUAAUUUGCCUUAAUAGUG